AAUUUAUUGAUGUAUUUUCUUUCAGAACAUAUAAAAAUCGACAUGAUUUUUCUGUUGAAGAGAUUUUACAGAAUCAACGACUGAGUUGAUUAAAGGUGGCGUUCCUAGCUGCAACUUCCGGUGAAAUAGUUGAGUGGAACAUGUUGAAUACGAUUUGAUGAUGAGACAAUAAACGGAUUGCCGGAGGAGGUUUAUACAUAAUUCCAGGCGUCAUAAAUUUUAAGCCAUGUAAAAAGAUUGAGAUAUAUUUAGUUAUUUGUGAUAUACUUCAUACAUUCAGCUAUCACUGAAAGAUGUCAGCGGGAAGAACAAUUCUUACAAACAACGUGGCCAAAGACAGGAUGAUUACAAAAUUUCCACAGGCAUUUCAUCCAGAUGCGACACCAUAUCAGAAAAUGAAUUUUCACCCAAAAGUGAGACAGGCUUGUGGAGAAAAUCGAACAGGGCGUGUGGGGUUGAAAAUUUGUAAAGCUGUCUUGGUUGGAGAUGUCUCUGUUGGGAAAACAAGCUUAGUUAACAGAUUCUGCCAUGAUGUCUUUGAUCGGGACUACAAGGCAACCAUAGGCGUGGACUUUGAAGUGGAGAAGUUCUCUGUGCUGUCUGUACCGUUCACUCUCCAAAUCUGGGACACAGCAGGGCAGGAAAGGUUUAAAUGUAUUGCUGCUUCCUACUACAGAGGAACCAAUGUUGUGAUGGUAGUUUUUGACUUGAGUGAUGAGCGGUCUUUAUCAAAUGCCUCACGCUGGAUGGCCGAUGCCUGCGAGAAUGCAGACGAACCUGUUAAAUUUCUGGUCGGAACCAAAAAGGAUAAACUGUCCCCAGCUGCUUAUGAGAAUGUAGAAAGGAGGGCAGCUGAAGUGGCAAGGACCCUGGGAGCUGAGUACUGGGCAGUGUCCUCUAAAUCAGGAGAGAAUGUGAAUGACUAUUUUUUUCGAGUUGUAUGUUUGACAUUUGAGGCAGCUGUGCUCAGAGAGCUAGAGUCCAGUCCAACACAGACAAAACAUAUUGGAAAUGACUUAAUUAAAAUGGAGAAAAAUGACUUAUAUGAAGAAAAAAGGAAAAAGUCUAUAAAAUGCUGCAAUGCUUAGCCAAGUGAUCCCACCAUUUUGUUCCUGUAGUCCAGCUAACAAGACUCUUGUGAUAUUGUUAAAUGAUGACUGUUUCCUUGACUACAGCACAUUGAUUCAUUCCCACACAUUACUGUACAAAACGAAACAUAGAUACGUUUUGUUCUUCCAUUGAUGUCACAAUACACCACAGAAACCCUGGUAGAUGUGUAUUGAUAUGUAUGCAGACAGAUACAGAUUAACACGUUACACCUAUGGUGUAUUAGUAUACACAAGAUUCAAAUUCUGGGUUAGAGUUUGAUAUGCUUUGUUUUGAUUGAAUCUCAGGCACAUUGUGUACCUGUUCAAUACUAAGGAACAAUUUAUUUUGUUAUGUAAAAGCCGAUUUGUUGAUAUGUUAAAUGAUAUGUGUUUAUCACAGAAGAUGUAAAUCAUGUAAUACACAAUUAUUGUACAUUGUAAAUUGUAUAAGAAGUUUUUGAAUGUAUCAACAGUUGAUGUAAUUGUUCAUAUCAUUUUUGAACAGUUUACUGGUAUUUAUUUUUUAGGUCACCUGAGUAAACUCAGGUGACCUAUUGCUAUCUGUUUUCGUUCGUCGUCGUGCGUUAACAAUUUACAUUUUUAACUUCUUCUUAAAAACUACAAGGCUGAUUGUUACCAUUUUUGUUGUGAGGCAUCUCUAUGGUAAGAGGAAUCUAAAUUAUGAAAUCCAUGGCUCUACCACCCCUGGGGCGCCACAUGUGGGGCCAAAUAUGCAAAAAAAAGCCAAAUUUUCAAAAAUCUUCUUCUCUACUCCCACACAUGUGAGGAAAAUACUGGCUGCAUAGUUAUGAUGUCCAUGAAGCCCUCUACCAAAAUUGUGAAAUUCAUGGCCCCUGGAUCAGGGCUUCUGGCUCUAGGGUGGGGCCAAUAUGGCCAUAUUGUUAAAAUGUAUUAAAUCUUAGAAAAUCUUCUCUACUCCCAUAUAUAUUUGUUAAAAACUAAAUGGAUGAUUAUGAUGUCCAAGAAGCCCUCUACCAAAAUUGUGAAAUUCAUGGCCCCUGGAUCAGGGCUUCUGGCUCUAGGGUGGGGCCAAUAUGGCCAUAUUGUUAAAAUGUAUUAAAUCUUAGAAAAUCUUCUCUACUCCCAUAUAUAUUUGUUAAAAACUAAAUGGAUGAUUAUGAUGUCCAAGAAGCCCUCUACCAAAAUUGUGAAAUUCAUGACCCCUGUGUCAGGGGUUCAGGCUCUAGGGUGGGGCCAAUAUGGCCAUAUUGUUAAAAUGUAUUAAAUCUUAGAAAAUCUUCUCUACUCACAUAUAUAUUUGUUAAAAACUAAAUGGAUGAUUAUGAUGUCCAAGAAGCCCUCUACCAAAAUUGUGAAAUUCAUGACCCCUGUGUCAGGGGUUCAGGCUCUAGGGUGGGGCCAAUAUGGCCAUAUUGUUAAAAUGUAUUAAAUCUUAGAAAAUCUUCUCUACUCCCAUAUAUACUUGUUAAAAACUAAAUGCAUGAUUAUGAUGUCCAAGAAGCCCUCUACCAAAAUUGUGAAAUUCAUGACCCCUGUGUCAGGGGUUCAGGCUCUAGGGUGGGGCCAAUAUGGCCAUAUACCGGUAGUAAGAAUGUAAUAUUAAAUCUUACAAAAUCUUUUUCUCUACUCCCAUGUAUAUUUGUUAAAAACUAAAUGCAUGAUUAUAAUGUCCAUGAAACUUUCAACCAAAAUUGUGAAAUUCAUGGCCCCUGUGUCAGGGGUUCGGACCUUAGGGUGGGGCCAGUAUGGCCAUAUAGUAAAAAUGUAUUAAAUCUUAAAAAAUCUUUUUCUUUACUCUCACACAUGUGGGCAAAAAACUGAAUACAUUGUUAUGAUGUCCACUAAAUCAUCUACCAAAAUUGUGAAAUUCAUGGCCCCUGGGUCAGGGGUUCAGGACUUGGGGGAGGGGGGCAAUAGUGUUAAUGCAUAUACCGGUAAUGUUUAAAAAUCUUCUUCUCUUUUCUCACACAUCUUUAUGAAAAACUGUCUUCAUAAUUAUGUUUACCAGGAAGUCCUCUACAAAAAAAUUUUAAUUUCAUGUCCCCUGUAGUAUGGGUUUUGACUCUAGGGCAGGGCCAAAAUGGAUGUAUAGGUGUUAAUGCAUAUAAUGUUUAAAAAAUAUUUUCUAUACUCCCACACACCUGAAAGGAAAACUGAGUUCAUGAUUUUGUAAACCAGAUCUUUAAGUUUUUCACCAAAAUUAUAGGUUUCAUAGUUCGUUUUGAAAGAUUUCAGGCAGGGAGGUGCUCGUUAUUACAGAUUUAUAUUUUUUCUACUCCAGAAUGAAAACUAAUUAAAUGCAUAUAUGAGACUCCUCGACAAGUUUGUUAUGGGUUAUAUGCUACUCAGGUGACCGUUAAGGCCAAUUGGCCUCUUGUCUCCACCAUGCAAUGGGUAGACAUAUGUUAUCCAUUUCUUUUGAUUUUAGAAAUACAAACCUACAGCAAAAAUGUCAUUUAUUUACUGCUAUUUUUCAAAAGUUACAGUGUAUUUAAAAUCGAGACAACUCUUUGGUAAGACUAUGGUGUGGUGUUGGAGCCCGAUCUGAUUUGAGGCUCGGAAGGAAAUGACCUGGUUAGACGUUAGACCUGAUAUUUAUUUUUGUGUUUUUGAAAUAAGUUUUCUGCUUUUAGAUAGAAGGGUACAAAGCUACUGAGAUUCAUUAAUCUUUUUGUGAUUUGGAUUUGAGUGCUUGAUCUGAUAUUAAUAAAUGGUGUCAGAUCUCUGAUGCAGUUAUUGCCUAUAGAAUAUCUACAGCCGUCCAUUUUACCCCAUAUCAGAUUGUUUAUUGAUGGUUCUGAUAUUAGAUUGGUGCAUAUUAUUCUGAUUUAUUAUAACUGAUAUUUUGUACUUGUUUUUUUUAAGGUUGUGAAAUAUGGGAAAUGAUUUAAAAAUCAGCUACUAAAUUUCAAAUGAUAUAAUGUUUUAAAAAAUCUCUUUCUUGUUAGAAAAAUAAUCUGGUUUCUAAUUAUCUUAUAAAGUUUUAUAUACAUGCUAUUGUUCCAGUUUUUUUUUAGAGUUUUCAGAGUUUCAUCUCUGAGGUGAAGUACAUGUAUUUAAUACUAUUCUAAGGACUACAUGUCCAUGUAUUGGUGCUAUACAGUUUAUUUUUGCCCAUGGUCUGUUAAUCACUUUUAAAAUUUAAUAAAACAUGUACUUUCUCAUUUAAAUUAUAUUUUGAUAAGUAUGUUAUAUUUAGUAUUUUAUAGGGUUGUGAAGUUUCUUAUGCACCAAAAAAAGUCCUUUUCAGGUUGUGGUGUGUUUAAGAAGGUCGUAACAUUCAUUAAACAUUGUUUAUGAUUUAUUUUUACAGCACUUUUACACACUAUGCAUUUAAGUAAUUUGAUCUGUGCAUGUUUCUUAUGCAGUUCAACAUUUUUUCAUGUAAAUUUUUUGAACUGCACAAUGGCUAGUCAACUUGGAUUUGCUUACAUGUAUUAAAUUGAAUUAAAACAAAAUAAUAAUUGUA